AUAAAUGGUCCCACCCCUGGGCAAGGUGGCUCACUCACUCUGGCAGGUAGGAACAGGUGAGUGUGCACCUGCCACAAGUCAAGCUCAGCCAGACUGCAAGAGGAGGCGAGGCGGAGCCAGCCGAGGGAGUGAACCAUGGACAAGUUGAAAUGCUCGAGUUUCUUCAAGUGCAGGGGGAAGGAGAAGGUGUCGGCUUCAUCAGAGAAUUUCCAUGUUGGUGAAAAUGAUGAGAAUCAGGACCGUGGUAACUGGUCCAAAAAAUCGGAUUAUCUUCUAUCUAUGGUUGGAUAUGCAGUGGGAUUAGGAAAUGUGUGGAGAUUUCCAUAUCUGACGUACAACAAUGGUGGAGGCGCCUUCUUGAUACCUUAUGCAAUUAUGCUAGCAUUGGCUGGUUUACCUUUGUUCUUUCUGGAGUGUUCACUGGGACAAUUUGCUAGCUUAGGUCCAGUUUCAGUUUGGAGGAUUCUUCCAUUGUUUCAAGGUGUGGGAAUUACAAUGGUCCUGAUAUCCAUUUUUGUGACAAUCUAUUACAAUGUCAUAAUUGCCUAUAGUCUUUACUACAUGUUUGCUUCUUUUCAAAGUGAACUACCAUGGAAAAAUUGUUCUUCGUGGUCAGAUAAAAACUGUAGCAGAUCACCAAUAGUAACUCACUGUAAUGUGAGUACAGUGAAUAAAGGAAUACAGGAGAUCGUCCAAAUGAAUAAAAGCUGGGUAGACAUCAACAAUUUUAUCUGCAUCAAUGGCAGUGAAAUUUAUCAGCCAGGGCAGCUUCCCAGUGAACAAUAUUGGAAUAAAGUGGCGCUCCAACGGUCAAGUGGAAUGAAUGAGACUGGAGUAAUUGUGUGGUAUUUAGCACUUUGUCUUCUUCUGGCUUGGCUCAUAGUUGGAGCAGCACUAUUUAAAGGAAUCAAGUCUUCUGGCAAGGUGGUAUAUUUUACAGCUCUUUUUCCCUAUGUGGUCCUACUCAUCCUGUUAGUACGAGGUGCAACUCUGGAGGGUGCUUCAAAAGGCAUUUCAUACUAUAUUGGAGCACAGUCAAAUUUUACAAAACUUAGGGAAGCUGAGGUCUGGAAAGAUGCUGCCACUCAGAUAUUUUACUCCCUUUCAGUGGCUUGGGGUGGCUUAGUUGCUCUAUCAUCUUACAAUAAGUUCAAAAACAACUGCUUCUCUGAUGCCAUUGUAGUUUGUUUGACAAACUGUCUCACUAGUGUGUUUGCUGGAUUUGCUAUUUUUUCUAUAUUGGGACACAUGGCCCAUAUAUCUGGAAAGGAAGUUUCUCAAGUUGUAAAAUCAGGUUUUGAUUUGGCAUUCAUUGCCUAUCCAGAGGCUCUAGCCCAACUCCCAGGUGGUCCAUUUUGGUCCAUAUUAUUUUUUUUCAUGCUUUUAACUUUGGGUCUCGAUUCUCAGUUUGCUUCGAUUGAAACGAUCACAACAACAAUUCAAGAUUUAUUUCCCAAAGUGAUGAAGAAAAUGAGGGUUCCCAUAACUUUGGGCUGCUGCUUGGUUUUGUUUCUCCUUGGUCUCGUCUGUGUGACUCAGGCUGGAAUUUACUGGGUUCAUCUGAUUGACCACUUCUGUGCUGGAUGGGGCAUUUUAAUUGCAGCUAUACUGGAGAUAGUUGGAAUCAUCUGGAUUUAUGGAGGGAACAGAUUCAUUGAGGAUAUAGAAAUGAUGAUUGGUGCAAAGAGGUGGAUAUUCUGGCUAUGGUGGAGAGCUUGCUGGUUUGUAAUUACGCCUAUCCUUUUGAUUGCAAUAUUUAUCUGGUCACUGGUGCAAUUUCAUAGACCUAAUUAUGGCACAAUUCCAUAUCCUGACUGGGGAGUUGCUUUAGGCUGGUGUAUGAUUAUUUUCUGCAUUAUUUGGAUUCCAAUUAUGGCUAUCAUAAAAAUAAUUCAGGCUAAAGGAAACAUCUUUCAACGCCUUAUAAGUUGCUGCAGACCAGCUUCUAACUGGGGUCCAUACCUGGAACAACAUCGUGGGGAGAGAUAUAAAGGCAUGGUAGAUCCCAAAAAAGAGGCUGACCAUGAAAUACCUACUGUUAGUGGCAGCAGAAAACCGGAAUGAGAUCUCAUUGAAAAAAAUAUAGGAUUGUAUAAUGUGAUUUUUUUUUAGAAUGGGGGAAACUUAUUUAUUUGUAUGUUAACUGAAUAGGAAAAUGUACUUACUAUGUUCAUGAUGGUGUGAUUUUUUUCACAUUUAAGCAGGAAUGCAAUAUAAAAAUGUGAAUCUCUUAAUGCUCAGCCAUGUGCUUAUUAUAUUUCUUUUUAGAUAAUGUAUCUGUAUAACACACACACACAUAAGUGUCUCUAUUUCACAAUUAUAUUUUUGUAAAUAGUAUAUGCUUUUUUUAAUACAUUGGAGGCUUUAUUUUGAGCUAAUUUCUUAGAGAAUAGUUAUAUUUUCUAUUACACAAGUUUAAAAAUAUUAUUUACUUGUAUUUUCUUAAUUUACAAUCUUUCUUUUCCACAAAUAUUGGUGGGAAAUAAAUCAGUACAUUUAAAAGAAAGUGUUAAAACUGACGGCCUCACUUAAUUAGAAACGUGAUAAAUAUAUGGACAAAUGGACUAUAUAUACUGUAAGAGGACUGUAGUUUAAUAUUUUCUAUCCAAAUAUGUUUAAAAACUUCGUGCAUUUGUUAUAGCUCAUGUUUUCUAUAUGAACUUAGUCAUUAAUGUUCGUUAUAAAAAAGUGAAAUAAGAUGGAAAAAUAAGGAUCCUACAGCCAGUAAGUGAUAAAUCUAGAAAAUUGAGUUUCGAGUACCUCUUUUCCCAUAUACAAUCUUCCUUCCUUAGGUCAUUUGGAAGAAAACUAUGACCCAUUUAAUUUCUAUUGUGUUUCACAAAAUUAAGAGUUGUUCAUAUACUCUCUGAAAUAUAGGUUUAAUUUCAAAUAGAAUAUGGACUUAAAGGUUAAUGAAAAAAUGGCUUUAAUCAAUUCUAGCAUUUUAUGAUUGUAAUACAGGGCUGAUAGAGUGAUUUUUGUCUUACAUGAAUAAGUUACUACUUACAGGUGAUAACUUACAUACUAUUGGAAGAUAAACUUGUCAAACUUGUCAAGAAUUAGCAAAGCCAAAUUAGAAAAUCCUGUGUCCUACUUUCCUUACCAAGGAUAAUUAAAUAUAUCACUAAGAGCUUUAUCUAUUGAUUAUAUAUUGUUGACAACUGGUUUAAGCAUCAUAGCCUAUGAUGAUAAACACUGCCUACAUAUGUAAAGAACUUUUCAUAAAUUCUUAAAUUUCUUAACCUAGGCUGCAGGGAACAUAUGAAACCAAAAUCAUAUGGAACAUUUUCUGUGUGUACAUGUACAUGCAUUUUUCUAGGGAGACUGUCCAUAGGUUUAUCAGAAUAUCAAGGAAACCUGUGACCCAAAGAAGUUUAAGAACCACAUACACCGCUGCUAGCUUUUUGUGCUUGGCAAAUGAGUGACAAUAGAAGAAAUAAUUUUUUUUACACACUUUAAAACAUUUUAUCUUCCUUGUGAUUGAAGAUGAAAGGAGUAAGAAAUUAAGGUCUUUGUUUAAUUUAUACUGGUAAUUUAUUUAUGGGGGAGGGAACAUGAAGGUAGGUAAACAGGUAGGUCUCUAAUUGAACCACCUCUGUAAGUUAUGUAUGUAUAUAUAAGCUGAAAUUGUGUUUGACAUUCUGAGGCUUUUCUUUUUCUUUUCCCUUUAUUUUUUGGUGGGGGACUGGGGGUCAGAGUCUCAUUCUGUUGCCCAGGCUGGAGUGCAGUGGCAUGAUCUCAGCUCACUGCAACCUCUGCCUUCUGGAUUCAAGUGAUUCUCCUGUCUCAGCCUCCUAAGUAGCUGGGACUAUAGGUGCCCGCCACCAUACCAGCUAAUUUUUGUAUUUUUAGUACAGACAGGGUUUCCCCGUGUUGGCCAGGCUGGUCUCGAACUCCCAACCUCAAAUGAUCUGUCUACCUCGGCCACCCAAAGUGCUAAGAUUAUAGGUGUGAGCCACCGUGCCCAGCCCAUUCUGAGGGUUUUCUUUGAAGACAGGUCAAAUGCUGUUAGUAAACUUCAAGAGAUUGUUAAUCCCUUAGUUAUAUCAGAUUUUAUAAUAUUUGAAAAUAGAUGGCUAACAAGAGGUUAGAAAUACUUUUCCUUAAUUUUAAUCCACAUUGUUACAUGCAUUCUACCACUACAUUUUGGUGCUAUUUAAGGUGUGCAAUUUUCUAUAGGUGACUUUUGAAAUUCAGGGAAGAUUUGGGCAUUUUUAAUGAAAGAAUAUCUAACUGGGGGAAGUGUGAAGGGAAAGAAAUCCUUUUCAAAAGCUGACCACAAAGAGUAGUUAAAAGUUGUUGUCACUGUCUUCACAAGUGUGUAAAGCACAGAUCUUAAUAGAGUGCUUGGCAUAUUGUAGGAUGCUCAGUGGUGGUUUUUAUUAUUAUUACUCAUAUUCAACAGUGGCAAGAAAUAUUGUUCCACAUAAUGGAAAACAUUUCCAUCAAAUCCCACUUACUUUAAUGUAAACUUGGAGAUAAUUUAUGGUAUUGUAUUGUGAACCAUUAAUGAAAACUUUUUCACAGUUGAGUGAAAUUAAAAUCACUAUAUCUCAA